CCGCUCUCUGUGCUUCUGCCGCUACUCCGAGGAGCUGGUGCCAGGCGGGCGGGCGGCUCCCUGCACCCCUAGCUCAGGGUAAGGCGGCUCUGGCUCGACCGGGAGCCCGGAGGACUUCCACGUGCCGCUGCCCAGCUAUCCACCUGCUUUGUGCGGGAGGAGUGUAUUGAGAAACUGAGACCAGAAGAGGAAAGGAAUUUACCCAAGGAAACAUGCCGAAUGAGCAUACUGUGUGCGCUGCGGUUGCGGAGUCUGGCCCUGUGCUCUUGAAGUCCUACACAGCCCUGCCCGAUGAGGCCUCUCUGAAUGACGUCCACGUGAACGCUGCCUCCAGCUCUGAGGAGAACGAUCUCCCUGUUCCAGAAGAAGAUAAAACCGAGAAUGUUGAAGAACAGAGUCCUCAGGAAGAAAUUGAACCACCCAAAAUAGUGGAAAGUAAGGAGGGGGCAGCGGCUCGUGGUGGAUCCCCAGAAUCGAUGUCCUCAGAUGGUCAUGCUCUCUGGACCACGCGUCGGGAUGGAGAAGUCCAACUAAGGAUGGAGAAGUAUGGCUUUGGGAGUGAGGCUCCGUUGACCAUUCAUCAGUUCAUGAGGGAAGCUGUCUUAAAGUAUGGAGACUAUAUGGCCCUUGGAACGAAAAAGAAAGAUUUCUGGCAAAUGAUGACUUACAAAGACUAUUACCUAGAGUGUUGGAAGGCUGCCAAGUCUUUUCUCAAGCUCGGCCUUGAGCGCUUCCACGGCGUGGGGAUCCUGGGAUUUAAUUCUGCAGAGUGGCUCAUCGCUGACAUUGGCGCCAUUUUCGCUGGGGGAUUGGCUGUUGGCAUUUAUACCACUAAUUCUCCUGAAGCUUGUGAGUAUGUCCUUAACCACUCUCAGGCCAACGUCUUGGUGGUGGAGAAUGAUGCCCAGUUACAGAAGAUUCUCCAGGUUAGGGAAAAAUUAAGUUAUCUGAAAGCAAUUGUCCAGUACAGGGGGGAGAUCAAAGAGAAGAGGUCAGACCUUUAUUCUUGGGAUGAAUUCAUUGCCUUGGGGAGUAGUGUGCCCAAUCAGGUGCUGGAAGAAAUCCUUGACUCGCAGAAACCCAACCAGUGCUGUACACUGAUCUAUACCUCGGGGACCACCGGACAGCCUAAGGGGGUGAUGCUCAGUCAUGACAACAUCACGUGGACGUCGGGAAUGGCGACAGGUGGCCUCACGUUGAGUUCACCCCCGGACCAGCAGGAGAUGGUGGUCAGCUUCCUCCCCCUCAGUCAUGUUGCCGCUCAGAUGAUGGACAUCUGGUUACCCAUGAAGAUUGGGGGCACCACAUACUUUGCUCAGCCCGAUGCGCUCAAGGGCACGUUGUCUACGACCUUGCGAGAGGUGAGGCCCACGGUGUUCCUGGGAGUGCCCCGGGUCUGGGAGAAGAUGCAGGAGAAGAUGAAGGAGGUUGGCGCCUCUUCUUCCACGUUUAAGAAGAAAGUGGCCGCGUGGGCCAAAGCCAUUGGUUUUCAGAAACACAUGAAGCGGAUGAACGGGGAGACAGAUUUUUCUUUGAGCUACCUUCUGGCCAAGUGGUUGGUGUAUUCCAAAGUCCGAUUUGCACUGGGCUUAGACCGCUGUGUCCAGUGCUUCAGCGGGGCCGCCCCCCUCACCAAAGACACCCUGGAGUUUUUCAUGAGCCUAGACAUUCCUGUGUAUGAGCUGUACGGAAUGAGUGAGAGCACGGGACCCCACACCAUCACCCACCAAGAUUGCUUCAGGCUGAUGAGCUGUGGGAAGGUGAUGCAUGGCUGUAAGAACCUGAUCCACCAGAAGGACCAAGAGGGCAUCGGGGAGAUCUGCUUCUGGGGCCGCCACGUCUUCAUGGGCUACCUGGACAUGGAGGACAAGACUAGGGAGGCAAUUGAUGACUGGGGCUGGCUUCACUCUGGAGACCUCGGGAAGAUGGACAGUGAUGGCUUCCUUUAUAUCACAGGCAGGAUCAAAGAGCUCAUCAUCACCGCUGGGGGGGAGAACAUCCCUCCUGUCCCCAUUGAGGACUUGGUCAAGAAGAAGAUUCCAAUCAUCAGCUUUGCCAUGUUGGUGGGUGACAAGGCCAAGUUCCUCAGCAUGCUCUUAACCCUUAAGAGCCAGGUCAACCCAGAUACCGGGGAACCCAAAGAUGAACUUUCACCCGAAGCCCUGGAUUUUUGCCGGAAGUUGGGGAGCAAGUCAAAAAAAGUGUCAGAUAUUGUAGAUGGCAGAGACCGCCUUGUUUAUGAAGCCAUUGAGAAGGGCAUUGAAGAGGUGAACAGGGAGGCUAUCUCUAAUGCCCAGAAGAUCCAGAAAUGGCUGAUAUUACAUAAGGACUUCUCCAUUGUUGGUGGAGAGCUGGGUCCCACCACAAAACUGAAGAGGCCGGUAGUGACCAAAAUGUACCAACAACAGAUUGAAAGCUUCUACCAAUAGCUUCAGGCCAGCCGGCCAGAGGCUGCCCGUCCUUGUAAAACUUAAUUUUUCCAGCCUGGUAGGCUGUGUAAUGAACAUUUCCAAUCCUACAGACUGGUGCUGAUGUCUCUGUCCAGGCCCACAUGUCUGUCUGAGGCACAUGCUUCUCUGCGAGUGAAUGAAGAGAGAGUUUUAUUUGUAUAUGCGUUGUCCAUUAUAUCUCUGGGUGUUUAGCCGUCCAUGUGGUCUGAGUAACUUCCUUGGGCUUGAGAACCUGGGCUUUGGGUGGGUGGACCCACCUACAUCCACUUUUCCCUGCUGUCCCCUUGCCCCCGGGGGAGCCUGUGGGUCAGAGCAUGUUAAAUUAUUAAUUUAUUCUUUACCAAAGUUUUUCAGCAUUGAAUGUCAAGUACCUUGUCUGCCUGCAUCCAGGAAGGAGAGGGUAGAGAUGUGGGUAUGGGCCUCUUGUAUCAAGUAGAGAGCUUUUGACAUUAAACAUACAAACCUUUCUCCCUUUCCAGCUUUCUCAGGGCACAUCCAGGAAAAGAGGGGUGAGUCACAGCAUCCCAGUGGGCAAACAGGAAUCCCUCCCUCUCUCUCCCCCCAGUUUCACCAACAUGAUGGGUGUUCCUUCCAGUCCCUUGGUAGGUGGCUAUUACUGGGCUGCAAGCUGCACAGGUGAUUAUACUUGUGGGUUGCUUAGCCCCUGUAGCUUUUCCCCCUUCCUGCCCAGACAAGACCUGUGAGGCCCCCUGGUAAACCAGACCAGCCUUACUGCAUCAGUGUGACAGCCAACAGGGACCAGAUGAUCUUGGAGAGACCAUGGAUGGGUAGCCGAUACCAGCAAUUAUUCCCCCAUAGGCCCUUUGCCACCCCCCCACCCCGUAUUAAUACGGACCUAUCGUACAGUGCAGGAAUUUGACUCCUUUCCUGGAAUGUACCAAAGACAAAGUGGAGUGUGGAAUAAGGGGCCAUUUUGGGAGGGUGGCGGCCAGUGGGAUUUCCAGGUUGGGAUAGCUUUGUACAGGUUACAAUUUUUCUCAUGCAGGAUCUUGGAUUUAGAGUCAGAAGUACCUUUGGCGACAAUCACUCCUCCUAUUCCAUUAUUUUAUAGAUAAAAAAACUGGGGACCAGAGAGGGAAAGUAACUUUCCCAAGGUGACACGAGGUUGUAAGGGGCAGAAGCAAGAUUCAAACUUGGGUUCUUAGACUGCAAAGCCCCUGCUCCUUUUCCACUAUAGCAUGAUGCUUCCCUUUCCUCCUCCAGUUCCAGGAAGGGCAGCGGGAGACUUUUCCCUGCUUUUCAUGCAUACUAGCGGUGCUCAAUGUAAAAUGAUGGGUCUGGAUGACAUGACUUUCAGCUCUUUACCUACAGUCCCCAUCAGGAGUUUUAUGGAGUCCAACCAAUUCCUAAUAAGGUGGUGAUGAAAUUUUUAGAAAGGAAAUUGAAAUUGGUUUCUCCAGCCCUUUCAAAGCAGCGGGAGCCCAGAGGAGCCGCCAGCCUUUCCUCUAUACCAGCAGUGGGUGAGCACCAUCACAGCCAUGACAGUUAACCUCUAUCUAGGGCUUGAAGGUUCGCAAAUGAUUGCCUUAUUUGAUCCUCAUCUAUGAGGAAGGUGCUGAUGUUCCAUUUUAUAGAUGGGGAAACUGAAGCAGGGACAUACAUAGUUAGUGUCUGAGGCUAGAUUUGAUCUUGGGUUGACCUGUCUCUCCAGUGUAGCACUCUAUGCUAUGCCACUCUGUGCUAAGCUCUGGUAAGUGCAUCCGUGCCCUUUGUGAAAGCCUGGGGCUGGCAAAUUGAAGGCACCUUGAUGAGUUAAAAGGCUUGGGGCUUGAAGGGCCUGGUAAGUUCUAUCAGCAGGUGACAGAUGGCUCGGCAGGGGCCUUGGUCUUUUUGGAGGGGCCUUGGUCUUUUUGGAGGGAUCUUGUCAGGAGAUGAGGCUGGCCUUUAAGCUCAGGAAGCCAGCAGUCAGCCCUUGACUAGACUACCUGAGACUUAUGUCUUCCGAAAUGGAUGGUGGAGCUCGGAUGUCACUUUUCACACAUGCUGUCAGUCAAUAAAGCAUUGCUUUGACCAGUC